AUGCUCGACGCCCCAUUGCCUUCCUGUGGUCGUUUAGGACAUGUAGGGCACGCCAAACGAUGCCUCGCAGGGCUCCCGAGCUCCCAGGUCGACCUGGAUGCUUCAACGAUGGCGGUCGUAUUCUAUUGCAUCGGAAUCCUGGAUCUCCUUGGGAUGCUACAGGGGAAGACCUCUGAGACGGACCGGCAGUCUUGGCGCGAUUGGGUAUGGGAGCAGCAAACUCAUGGUCCCAAUGGCUCUGGAUUUCGCCCCAGCACUUAUAUGACCGCACAGAGGCCACCGAAUGUACAGGAAGAUUGUACUGACUACGAUGGCCCCCACGUUAUAAUGUCGUAUACGGCGCUCCUAUCGCUAGCCAUCCUACGGGACGAUUUCUCCCAGUUAGAUAGGCCUGGAUUGAUCAAGUUCCUCAAGUCGUGUCAGCGGGAAGAUGGCAGUUUUUCUACUGUAACUGGGAGUGGCGACACUGAUCUUCGCACCCUGUAUUGCGCCUUUGCAAUCAGUAGCAUGCUGGAUGAUUGGUCUGGUGUUAACGUGGAACUUGCACUGCAAUUUGUCGCGAAAUGCAGAACUUAUGAAGGUGGUUAUGGCCAGUCACCAAAUUGCGAGGCCCAGGGGGGAACGACUUACAUCUCCAUUGCGUCCCUACACCUUGCCCCUGGAUCGCCAUCUACUCGAUUGACUCUCGCAGAACGACAGAAGACCAUACAGUGGUUGAUCCAGAACCAACUCCUGUCUGGAGGUUUUACUGGUCGCACUAACAAAGAAGCGGACGCCUGUUACUGCUUUUGGUGCGGUGCUGCGCUCCAGAUUCUUGGCGCUCGUGAGCUAGUGAACGUGCAAGGCCUCGGUCUGUUCCUCUCGAACUGCCAAUUCAAAUACGGCGGUAUUGCAAAGACACCCGGGGAACAUCCAGAUCCAUAUCAUACUUAUCUCUCGCUUGCCGCCUUAUCAAUGUAUCCCCCAGAAGCUGAUCCGACGUGGGCAUUCGAGCCUCUCGAUCCCCUUCUCAACGCUCGCGUGGAAACCUCAAAUUGGGCUCGCGCGCAUAUUCCUGCUCGAUGA